UGCAUUGGGACGCAGUGACACGCGGCUCCAUGAUGGGUGAACUGAAAGAAUACAAGGUCUACUACUGGAGGGACAGCAGUCAGCUCAGGUGGCAUCGAGUCAACAGAGGGAUGAAGUCCAAAUCUUUUCCAGACAAUGAUCCAGAGCCCUCUGGAGUUGUCACUGGGCUCAUCCCCUAUAGCAACUACAAGCUGUACAUAGUGGUGGCAAACAAUCGAUAUGAAGGACCGCCCAGCAAUAACAUACACUUCUCAACGCCUGAAGGAGUACCAUCUGCUCCCCGAUCCUUCAGGAUCCAACAGCGACAUCUGGAUAGUAUUUAUGUCGACUGGGACCUGCCAGCAGAACCAAAUGGUAUCAUUACUGGGUAUUCCCUCAAGUACCAGACAGUGAAUGCCACCCGGGGAGAAGAGCUCAGAAUUGAGGAGUUCCCUCCAAAUGUUACAAGUUUUUCAAUCCGGCGAUUCGACCGCUACACUCGUUACAGAUUCUCAGUGGCGGCACGAACUCGAAUUGGGAUAGGAGAAUGGCAUACGGAGGAGUCACCCCACUACACCACUGAAACAUAUGCUCAGGACCAGGUGGACAUCACCACUCAGGGCUGGUUCAUUGGGAUUAUGUGUGCUGUGGCUCUCAUUGUGCUCAUCCUACUAAUAGUGUGCUUCAUCAAGAGGAGCCGAGGGGGGAAAUACCCAGUACGGGAAAAGAAAGACAUUUCAUUGGAGCCGGUGGAUGACAAAGACCAAGAAGGAUCCUUUGACUACAGGUCUCUUGAAAGGAUUACUCGUGUCUCCACUCUGCCUUACCCUCGGCGAGAGGAGGAAAGAGGGCUUCAAAGAGGCCAGCCAUCUAUGGAGGCAAUGAUGAAGCGAUCAGACAGUGACGACAGUCUGGUGGACUAUGGAGAAGGAGGCGAGAUACCGUUCAACGAGGAUGGCUCAUUCAUUGGGCAGUACACAGGAACCAGGAGAGAUGUCAGGGAGUUGGACUUUGGUGGAAGUCUGGAGCUCCACUCUCCAAUAAACACCAUCUACUCUCUGGCCUAAAAUUUAAAGCACCUUCCCAUUUGUCAUGUGACUCAGCUGGAGCCUGAGGUGCUGUUACUCUCUGUGUCCAUGCAGACAAACCAACUCUCGCACAUUUAAAGACGACGACGGUGGAAUUGUUGGGACAGUGCUAGAGCUGGGACGCUUAUCUUAAGCAAGCUUUUCCAUUAAUUUUUUGUAUUGCAUUUCCUGUAAAAAAAAAAAAAAGUUCUGCGUGUUUGUGCACAUACAUAUGCACCGGCAUAUCAGAGGAGACAAAAGUAGAUCAGUUUAUCAUGUUGAUAAAAACUGUUGCAAGGACAAAUUUAACCCCUGUAAGUAUAUCUUUUUCUUUCCGCUAAUUACAAUAAUAUUUGUGUUAUUUUUGCGUAGGCUGCUCAAAAUAAGGACUGCAUACCAUACUUUCACGAUCAAGGGAGCCAUAAUGUACUCUCUGAACGGAGAUUGCAUACUCUUUGUUUUAUACACAAUUGUUUUUGUCCAGUGUAAGUGUAUAAAAGUGUUGUUAGUGAUAUAUAAUAAUAAAUAUUUCCAGGAACUAAUGAUUUAUCUGCAGAGUCAGUUGUAAAUUUGUGCUUUGCUACGAGAAUAGACAUCAAACCAUUUGGGGAAUCAGCAGGCGCCCUUAAAUAAGUUCA